AGCAAAAAUGUCGAGUCAAAAUCAAACCUCAUUCUGCGAAUUGAGCGUUGAAUUAAAAAAUAGAGAGAUCACAUCCGUCAUUAAAAUCUGCCAAGAUUUUGACACCUUCUAUGAACUAAAAAAGUUCGGUGAUGUGACGAUCAGGAUCGGUUCACAAUCACAAACCAAGACAUUUUACGGACACUCUUUUAUUCUUUAUGCUCGCUCUUCUUUCUUUCAAAAAGUUUUAACAAGCGACGGGAACAAAAUUGACAAUCACACAGUUAGCAUUCCCGACAUCUCUCCAAAGGAAUUUGAAGUCAUGCUCAGGUAUAUUUAUACUGGACGCAUACCUUUGGAUGGAAAAUCUUCUUUGGAGAUAUUCAAUCUUUUACUCGCUGCCUUAAAACUUGAUCUUGAAGAGGCCAUUAGUCAUUUGCAAUUACAUCUCGUCAAAUAUCAUCAUGAGUGGUUAUGCAGAAACUUCUCGUUGGUUAAUGACACAUGCAAACAGCAUCAAGAAUUGGUGGUCCUUCUGAAUUACUGUGUGAAGUCACCGAAAGCAUUGUUCAUGUCCGAGGAUUUUGUCAAGAUAGAAAAGCAGGUCUUGGUAGAGUUACUAGGAAAUAAUUAUCUCGAAGUAGACGUGAUAGAAAUUUGGAAUAUGGUCCUCAAAUGGGUUUUGGCCAAACACCCUUCGAUAAAUUCAAAUCCUAAAUAUUGGACCCCCGAAGAAAUUAAAGCAUUGUCCAGAAGUCUCGAAAAUUUUAUUCCCUUGAUACAAUUUCGUAACUUGUCACCCGAGCAGAUUGACAAUAGCAUCCAACCAUACCGAAAACUCUUUCAAAGAUCUUUCUAUGAGGAAUUGGUUCAAACUUCUAGCAUCGAAUAUUUCAAAAUUACCGAAGAGAAGAAUGUCCUUCAUUUCAAAAUUCCCGAAACGAUCAACAGUUGGUUCCAUGGAGAACGUC